UUGACACUAACCAACCGCCUCUCCUACCCGAAACCAUCGUUUAGAGCAACCUGGAAGGCAACGCCGGGGUGGCGGCGUAAAACGUCCUCCGAAACUCCCAUCUUUCUCCUCCUUUCGCUUUUGCUCCGGUAAUAAGCCAAACCACUGAGGAAGGAUUUAGGUUAAAUCGUGCUUAAAUCCUGCUACCUAAAAGCCCCAGAAAGAUGGCUUCUAACAGUUUUGAUCAGAUUACCGAUGAUGAGUUUUUUACAAGAAGCAAAAAUGCUUGAGCAUUGUUUUGUUUUUGUUUUCCUGUGCUUAUUUAUGGUGUGCAUGCUAUACGGAAUGCGAUUAGUCAAACUCUAUGGACUAGAACUCAAAAUAAACAUGAUUUGUUGUUUUAUUGUGGACAUGGCUCUUCGACAAUGUCAAGUUUGCAAGGAAGCGCAAUACAAAUACAAGUGCCCAUCUUGCCUUUUGCUAUAUUGCUCAUCGGCUUGCUUUAAAAGGCAUAAAGGGAAUCCAUGUCAGAAGUCGUUGACUCCACAGGAAGAGACAAUUUCUAUGGUGCUUCCUGAAAGAACAUUUGAAGUUGAUGAAACUAACUGGAUUCUUGGCAGUGAUCAACUACAGUUGAUAGCACAAUCGAAAGGCAUAAGAGACGCACUGAAUGACGUAGAGCUCCAAAAACUGGUAUACAAGAUUGACAGCUGCAGUAACCCGGAGGAGGAAUUGGAUAAAGCCAUGGAAAGAGAGGGCUUUCCGCAAUUUACAGAAAUGAUUUUAUCGUCGGUUAGCCCAAAAAUCAAACCCUCUAGGUAAACAUGAUUAUCGUCUUAAAUAUUUGAGCCGUGCUCCUUGUAGCUGAAGUUGUGAUCCAGAGCAGGCAAAGUUUCAUUUUUGAGUCAAUGCAUUUAGUUUUUGCUCCAGUUUUUUUAAAAUUGUUCAUUUGUGUAUAUGAAAACUUGCUUUUUUUAAGUUGUAAUCACACUGUUUCUCGGUGUUAAUAGUUUGCAAGCUUCUGGCCCAUUUCCUGUCUCAAGUAGAUUCUUACAUCUAUAUUGUGGUAAUUGAGCUCUAAUAA